AUGGAGGCCAAUCGGAUAUGGCAUAGCAUGUAUAAAUUUCCGGCAGCAAUUGGAGUAAUUGAUUGUACACAUAUAGGAAUCCUGAAACCAAAUCGCCAUGGAGAUGAGUAUAUCAACCGAAAAGGGAAACCUACUUUAAAUCUGCAAACCACUUGUGAUGCCAAAGAGGUGUUCACAAGUGUUGAUGUCAGUUGGCCUGGAUCAGUGCAUGAUUCCAGAAUAUGGAGAAAUUCACAGAAUAGAUCACAACUAACAAAUAAAGCAAAUGUACUACCUGGCCAUGACGGUUAUGGUAUUGAGCCAUGCCUUAUGACUCCCUUCAGAAAUCCUACUCCUGGUGCAGAAAUAAAUUAUAAGCUUUUAAAACAAGAAAGAGUGAUAAUUUAA